GGUUUCAGACGACUCGCUAUUUUAUAUCCGUGGAAGAAUUGAAGAAGAAUAGCGCUGGAUCGCAAAGGAAUGAUGAAAUCGCGAUCGUGCUUCGAGGCUAUUGGUUUGCUAUUUAGUCGCCUCCGCGUCAAAAAUAAGGGCAAGGACCAUGAGAAAAUUGGAAAUGGGAGAGUAAGGUGCGAUUUUUCGGGCAAUAGAAGUUGUGGCAACGCAACCUGUGACUUGGUCAGCGAUACGGAGGAUGUUUUCGCUCGCAGACCAGGACACGACAACGAUGAAAGCACCUUCUAUUACUUCAAUCACGCUAGCCAAGCUCCUCUCUCCCCCGAGGUCCAGAGGAUAGGAAUUGAGCAGAUACAGGCCUCCCCGUGGCACGAUCCUAACCCCAAUGAAAUGGCACACACAAGCCAAGCACGGAUUCGAGAGUUGUUUACCAAGCUUAUCGACGGCGGAUGCUGUGACGACAUUGAUGAACCAAUCGAGAAUGGAGAAGUUUUGAAGGCAACCACCGACGGUAGCCGAAUCGCUAUCCUUCCGAGUACCGCCUUUGCCAUUACUCUUGCAGCUAGGAACAUCAUUGAAGGUCAACGACGACAGCAAAGGAAGUAUGGGAAUGGGGAUAGCUACAAUCCAGUGUCUGGACGAAUACUCGUUCUGCAAGACCAAUUCGAUUCGGCCAUAUAUCCCUGGCAACAGAUGUGUGACGAAUCGAAGGGGAAACUGAGACUCGAUAUUGUGGAACACCCAGACGAGAACGCAUGCCCUAGCGUCACAUCUAAUGGUGUUCGUAGCAACAACGGCCAGGGUGUCAUCGAUGGAAUCGGUGCCCCAAAUGGCGGUUGGACCCAGGCAGUGCUGCAGAAACUCAAAAGCGAUGAUGAUCACAGCAUAAUAGCAGCUUGUCUUCCGCCCCUGCAUUGGUCCGACGGUACCCUCAUAGACCUAGAAGCCAUUGGUGCUGUUUGUCGGCAUCGCAACAUUCCACUGGUCGUGGAUGCAACACAAGGUCCGUGCGUUCGUAGAUGCAGGUGCUUGAAAAUUAUUAUUUGUUCGUCCACAAGUUAGAAGGGAAUCAAUGCGGUAUUCUAGGUUGUUCGUUGAUUUGUCGCUAACCUUUAUCUUUUUCCGCUGCAUUAUGCUCAAUAAUAAUGCAAUUGAUGCAAUGGGAAACAGCUGUUGGGAUCAUGGCGUGCAGCGUCCGAAAGAUUCGCCCCGUGAUGCUAGCGUGCAGCACCCACAAAUGGCUCAGGGGACCCUCGGGCUGUUGCUUGGCGUAUAUCUCACCGGAGGUAAGAGGAUCGACCAUCGAUUCACAUGGCGAAAAUUUUUAUUCUUUGAUCUUAUAGUUCCUCUUACAUGGAUCCAUUUUUGCAGGUACAAGACGACUGGAUUCCGUUGGAUUUUCAUGGCAGAGGGAGAGACUUCGAGGCUGGGGCCGACUCGUGGGAUGUCUCGAAAAACGAAAUGGGACCAAAAGGUUACCCCGAGCGAUAUUACGCAGAUUCACGCAAGUUCGAUUCUGGAGGAAAGGCAAAUCCCUUUCUCCUUCCGAUGCUCCGAACAGCCAUGGAAGAGGUUUGCAAAAUUGAUACGGGGAAGGCCCAAAUACGAUUGAAAACUCUAAUGCAACCUCUUUUCGACUGGGCAGUCAGGAAUGGGCACUCCAUCAAGCUUGAUCCACGCGCAUACCAUCUGAUAGGGAUCGUCCUUAAAGAUAAGACUCCGGAAGAAAUGAUUGAGAUUUCAAAGAGACUCGCGGAGGAAAAGAAAAUAAUUCUUGCAGUUCGAUGUGGCGGUUUUCGUGUCUCCUCCUAUCUCACCAACACGGAAGACGAUGUGAGGAAACUAAUAGAAGGUCUUCAGGAUACUGUAUCAUGAUUUUUGGUCGUAUCGUAGCGUCGAAUCGAAAGGUUGUACUGCAGUGACGUUCUUAGUUUUGGCGGGGUGAUGAGUCGACGCUCAUUUAUAAAUUGCAAGUAAUGGU